AUGCGAUCCUUUUCAAUAUGUAAUACACACUACGCAAAAAAAGAAAAGCCCUCUCAAAGUCCAUUAUCACCAUCAAAAAAAUCAAUUUCAGAAAAUGCACCUAACACUAUUCAAGCCACCAUGUCGAUAUCUGCCGCACCAGCAGGCACAGUACUUCAAGGCAUUAAUUACUUAAAAGAUGGCACGGAUCCAAUUGCAUUGCCUGAUCACGAAUAUCCGGAAUGGUUAUGGGAAAUACUGGAUGAAAAGAAACAAAAAGAAUGGGCUAAUGAUCCAACUAAUCGUCAAUAUCUUCGUAAAAUUCGACGUGAAAAAAUUCGUGACGCAAAUUUCGAUAAAAAUAAGAACAAAUAA